AUGUCGAAUUCCCUUGCCCACGCCAAGAUUGCUCUCCGCCGAUCCAGUGAACGUGGAUACGCUGAACAUGGCGGCUGGCUCAAAUCUUUCCAUACUUUCAGCUUCGCCAGCUAUUACGAUCACCGAUUCCAUAAUUUUGGAAGUUUGCGUGUUCUAAAUGAGGACCGUGUUGCAGCGCGCAAUGGAUUCCCAACGCAUCCGCAUCGCGAUGCGGAAAUCUUCAGCUACAUCCUAAACGGUGAGCUAACGCACCGGGAUAGCAUGGUUAAGAAGGGCUCCGAGGGCGAGCAAGGGAAACAAUUUUACCGAAUGAAGCGGGGAGAUGUACAAUUCACCACGGGCGGAACGGGAAUCGCACACUCGGAGCAGAACGAAUCCAACAAGUCGGUUCACUUCCUUCAAAUUUGGGCACUCCCCUGGAAGCAAAGUCUCAAGCCACAGUACCACACUAUGACAUUUAGCGAGGAAGAAAAGCGCAAAGCAUUUGAAAAGGCUGCCGUACCCAAGAUUUCCGGUACUAUCCCCAUUCAUGCUGAUUUCGUCAUGGGGGCUGGAAUUAUUACGCCGGCUUCGACAUUUAAGUGGACUAUUGGCGCCGGAGAAGCUGUCGAGUCUAGGAAGAAGCGGAAUGUUUACAUUCACCUACCCAUGACCAAACAGGGCAAGUCCAAGGUUAUGAUCGAUGGCAGGGAGGAUGCCGUUCUUGAGGAGGGUGAUGGGGCCUUUGUCACGAUGGUAAAUGCUGGAGAUGCGCUCCGCGUGGAGAGUGUCGGGGAAGUAGAAGCGGAGGUUAUUGUGCUGGAUAGCAACUGA